CGCCGAAAUUUUAACAAAUCAACGGAAUUGGUCGCAGCUGAAGCGGAGCGACGUUUUCUGGGAGACUUCGCUGGUAAUGAACAGUCCCAUGGCUGGUUCUGCCGCCUCCAGUUCUAAAGAGCGUCCGGUUUCCAGGACCAGUUUCAUCCCAGAGCUACAGAGCAUGAUGUUCGCUCUGGGAGACGCUCGCAGGCCUCUGCAGGAAACGGCAGCUCUGGUGGAGGACGUGGUGCACACGCAGCUCAUCACCAUGCUGCACCAGGCCUGUGAAGGAGCAGCUCUUCGAGGUUCAAGAGUCAUUUCAGCCGAAGACAUUUUGUUCCUGAUGAGGAGAGACAAGAGGAAAGUGGCAAGAUUAUUAAAAUACCUCCAGUUCAGAGAUUAUAAAUCCAAACUGCUCAAAACUAUGGAGGACGACGACUCGCAGCAGGAACAAGACAGGUGUUCAGCUGCUGGUGGCGUCGCCGGGGGCAACCAGCGGAGGCAGCGGUUGGCUCAGGACUUCCUGGUGUGGAUGGACCAGACGGGCGAGCUGCUGUCGCUGGCGGAGCGUCAGGAGGUCGACCCGGUGAAGCAGGAGAGGAUGGAGCGUUUGGAGCGUCAGACUCGGAACAUGGACCAGACUCAGUACUCGGAGUUCUGCGAGAGCCGACAGCUCAGCUUCGCGAAGAAAGCGUCAAAGUUUCGCGACUGGCUCGACUGCAGCAGCCUGGAGCUGAAACCCAACAGCAUCGCCAUGGAGAUGCUGUCCUACCUGGCCUACGAGACGGUUGCCCAGAUCGUGGAUCUGUCUCUGCUGGUAAAGCAGGAGAUGACGGCCAAGACCAACCCCGUCGGUCACGUGAUCUCAGCCAGCUACAUCCACUACAACACACACACUGAGGUGAAGAAGGACCCAGACUCACCUGAGGCCACGCCUCCCUCCACCCCAGGCUCCUCCCACUCGAAGCCCCUCCUGCAGGGCAACGGCAGCCUGGACGGCCGGGCGCGGCAGAGGAAACGCAAGAAGAGCUGUCCGGCCACAGUGGAGCCUCCCAGUGGAGCCAUUCAGCCCAGUCACAUCAGAGAGGCCAUCAGGAGAUACAACUACAGACACACGAGUUCUUAUGGGAGGACUGGGAUGGCCUUUCUCGCCUGCUGAGGAUUCACCAAACCAACACAUUCCUGUACAUACCUGUAUAUAUAUAUAUGUGUUUUUGUUCUAUAAUUACUAAAAAAGAGUUUUGGUAAAUGAAA